UUUAUUAUAUAUAAGAAAUCGAAGGAAAAUAAAAGAUGUGAAAAAUAAACGAAAAUAUUGGGUACACCCGAUACUUGAACUAAAGCAACAGCAAGGGGAUUGGCACAAUUUGGUUAGUGAAAUGAUUUUGCAAGAUGACGAAACAUAUUUUAAUUACAUGAGAAUGACACCUAGUAUGUUUGAAUAUUUGUUAUCAAAAGUUGGUCCUAUAAUAACAAAAAUGGAAACAAACUGGAGGAAACCUAUACCAGCUGCUGCGAGAUUAUCUAUGACUAUACGUUAUUUGGCAAGUGGAGAUGGACUCCAUAGUAUUUCACUUAGUUAUAGAAUUGGAAGAAGUACUACAACAUUUAUAAUAAAAGAGACUUGCGAAGCUAUAUGGAAUUGUCUUAAUACGGAAGAAUUAUUUACGCCAACAUCAAAUGGUUGGCAAGAAAUAGCUUAUGAGUUUGAAAACAGAUGGAAUUUUCCAAACUGCAUUGGUGCUUUGGAUGGAAAGCAUGUAUCUAUAAUUUGUCCCGAAAAAGCAGGAAGCACCUUUUAUAAUUAUAAGGGGUUUCACAGUAUAGUUUUAUUGGCACUUGUAAGUGCCACAUACAAAUUUUUAAUUGUGGACAUUGGUGUUCAAGGAAGACAUAGUUAUGGAGGAAUUUUUAAAAAUUCCAUAAUGGGACAACUAUUUUAUAAUAAUAAUAUGCACUUGCCUGCUCCCUCCGCUAUUAGUACAAGACAUAACGUUCCAUAUGUUAUUGUAGCUGACGAGGCAUUCCAAUUGAAUUCAUUUACUAUGCGAUCAUAUCCAUCAAAAAAUUUAACAAAACAACAACGAAUAUUUAACUACAGAUUGAGUAGAGCUCGACGGGUUGUGGAGAAUGCAUUUGGCAUAUUAGUUAGUCGAUGGCGUAUUUAUCAAAGGCCUUUAAAUACUAGUCUUCAAACAAGUGAUGCAAUAAUCAAAGCAACAGUUUGCUUACAUAAUUUAUUAAUGAAUACCUCUUAUUACUGCGGAAAAAAUUAUGCUGAUAACUUAUCAGCAGAUGGCCGAAUAAUUGAAGGAGAAUGGAGACAAAGACAUAUAAAUAUAGAUAAUUGUAACAAUAGAAGUUUUGGUAGCAACAACUAUACUAGAGAGGCUGGUGAAGUAAGAAACAUUUUUACGGACUACUUCAUAAACGAAGGUAAAGUGUCUUGGCAAGAAGAUAUUAUUUAAAGAAAUCAUUAUUAUAUAUAUUGUAAGUUUGUAUUUAUUG